AUGGCGGCUGUGGAAUUAGAACGAGCGACGGCACUUUCCGAAACAAAUGCACCGGUUUCCAUUGAUAUACUACAUAAAAUUGUCAAAGAUGAUGUGAAGAAGAGCGAUGUCCGAAUCAUCGUUGAGGAUGAGGUGCGGAUCAAGGAACAAGCGAUUCUGCAGCUUGGAGCCUUGCUGGCAAAGACAGGCCAGGCAGAAGAGCUGGCAGGCCUGAUCAGAUUUAUCCGACCCUUCCUAGGCCUAGUGAGUAAAGCCAAGGCGGCCAAGUUGGUGCGAGCUAUGGUCGACCUCUUCCUGGAUAUGGAGGCUGCCACAGGAAAGGAGGUUGAACUGUGUCAGGAAUGCAUCGACUGGGCCAAGGAAGAGAAAAGGACAUUUUUGAGACAGGCUCUGGAAGCUCGACUCAUUGCUCUGUAUUAUGAAACCAGCAAAUACCAAGAAGCGAUCGCGUUAGGAACUUCCCUGCUGAAGGAGUUGAAGAAGCUUGAUGACAAGGCCCUGCUCGUUGAGGUACAACUCCUAGAAAGCAAGGUGUACCACGCUCUCAGCAAUCUGCCAAAAGCAAGAGCUGCAUUGACGUCAGCCAGAACCACAGCCAACGGUAUCUAUUGUCCACCCAAGCUCCAGGCAGCACUCGAUAACCAGUCAGGUAUUCUCCACGCAGCUGACGAAAAGGACUUCAAAACAGCGUUCUCAUAUUUUUACGAGGCAUUUGAAGGUUAUGACUCCGUGGACAGUCCGAAGGCUGUGACCUCACUCAAAUACAUGUUGUUGUGUAAAAUUAUGCUGAAUCUUGCGGACGAGGUUCAUUCGAUAGUUAGUGGUAAAUUAGCGUUGAGGUAUGCGGGACCAGAGAUUGAUGCCAUGAAGAGUAUAGCCACGGCAAGCCACAAGAGGUCCCUCGCCGACUUCCAAAAGACAUUAACUACCUACAAGAUCCAGCUCGUAGAUGACCCGAUCAUCCGUGCGCAUCUCGACUCGUUAUAUGACAACCUGUUGGAGCAGAAUCUGUGCCGGUUAAUCGAGCCGUUCUCCCAGGUGCAGGUAGCACAUGUUGCAGAGCUUAUCAAAUUGUCGCUGGACGUUGUAGAAAAGAAGCUCUCACAAAUGAUUUUGGACAAGAAAUUUAGUGGUAUUUUAGAUCAAGGUGAAGGUGUGCUAAUAGUCUUCGACGAGAAACCAGUCGAUAAGACUUACGGCUCUGCUCUCGAGACAAUACAGAGUAUGGGAAAGGUUGUGGACGCCCUCUAUAAAAAGGCCAAGAAGUUAACAUAAUCAUCACGCGCAAGGUAAUAUAUCGACUUUAGUUUCCAAGUCAUCUGAACUAAGGACAGGAAAUACAUCAAGGUUGGGAAUUUCGGAACAAUUUAGUACAGUAGAACCUCUCUACUAAGGACACCCUUGGGACUGAAAUGUCCUUAAUAGAGUGGUGUCCUGAUUAGAGAGGUCAAAUUGAAUGGAAACAACCAAUUUAGGACCAAAACUGGUGUUCUUAAUAGAGAGGUUGUCCAUAAUAGAGAGGUUGUCCUUAAUAGAGAGGUUGUCCUUAAUAGAGAGGUUCUACUGUAUUUCAAGAAUCAGUUGGUCGCAUUUAGAAUCUUACCUGUUAGACGCAAUCGCAAUAGCAUUCCGCGAUAAUGAGGUCACUGCAGCUCCUGCCCUCUAUUUCCCCAUCGCUGAAUUACAGGCAAUGUCGGACAAACAUGCGGUUUCGUAAUGGAUUCAGGCUUUCUAACUAGGGCAGUUAGAUUCAAUCUGGCACAUGUCCGAGUGUUGGAAAUACUACAUAAUUGUUCUGAAUAUUUCUCUCUCUGACUCUAUUGUCCUUAAUAGAGUGGUGUCCUGAUUAGAGAGGUCAAAUUGAAUGGAAACAACCAAUUUAGGACCAAAACUGGUGUUCUUAAUAGAGAGGUUGUCCAUAAUAGAGAGGUUGUCCUUAAUAGAGAGGUUGUCCUUAAUAGAGAGGUUCUACUGUAUUUCAAGAAUCAGUUGGUCGCAUUUAGAAUCUUACCUGUUAGACGCAAUCGCAAUAGCAUUCCGCGAUAAUGAGGUCACUGCAGCUCCUGCCCUCUAUUUCCCCAUCGCUGAAUUACAGGCAAUGUCGGACAAACAUGCGGUUGCGUAAUGGAUUCAGGCUUUCUAACUAGGGCAGUUAGAUUCAAUCUGGCACAUGUCCGAGUGUUGGAAAUACUACAUAAUUGUUCUGAAUAUUUCUCUCUCUGACUCUAUGGUAUCAUUCAUGCUAAAAACAAUGCAGGGUCAAAGAUAAUUGACUUUGAAAUAAGCUCAAAUGUGUAGAAAUAAGUGUCGAUGUCCGACUGUCACGUGACUAAAACGUCAUCAAUAUCUUAUUCAAAUGACCUUGUGAGCUAUAAAUAGUAACGUCGCGGAAUGCUAUUAAUUACAAGUGACUGUCGAAAUAUUGUGUCAGGAAAUAGCGUCGAUGAUUUCACAAAGUGACCGUCUGCAAUUUUUCUGAAAUUGACUUGAUAGAGAUAACAGCGUAGUCGGAGUUGUACUAGCCAUGUCUACUUACACACCAAUUGUCAUGGUGAUAUUCAAAGCCAUGUCGAUUCUAUAACACUUUACCGCCUAUUCAUUCAUUUCGUGGCAUUUUAUUAUUUCAUGUAAUUCACAGAGUCAUUCAAACUAUACGGAAUUCUUGGGUGGAGUUUUCUCAAAAUGAAAAAAUUGCUGAUUGGCCACUUAGUGAAAUCAUUGAUAUAUUGGGUGGCCCAAAAAAAUGUAGUACAAUGUUGAAUCCAAGAUAAACACUCUACAAAAGUAAGUCCCCCUGUAAACAAUUGGUUAUCAUUUCUAAAGUAUCCACGGCAAUGUGAUGAAAAUUGCAGGCCUAUUGUUAUGCAUGAAUGAUUUUCAAUUGAAUUAAAAAAGUGCCAUUUCAAAAAUAACAACAACAUUCGUGGCAUAUUUCAGGGAGUAUUAAAGUAAUACUAUGAUGUGAUUUACAACUUUGCGGAAAAGAUCCAUUUUUAAUUGUUGAUCACAAAUGUAAAGCUCAAAUUUUCCAUUUUUAGCUCACCUCUUAGCAGAGGUGAGCUUAUCCCAUACCGUGGCGUCCGUCGUCCGUCGUCGUCGUCGUCGUCGUCGUCGUCGUCGUCGUCGUCCGUUAGCAGGGCACGUUUCGUAACUGUUAAAGCUAUUGAGUUGAAACUUGGUACACAUGUACCCUUAUGUAAUGACACCUUGGAGACCAAGUUUCGGUCCGAUUCGUUUCAUGGUUUGGCCACCAGGGGGCAAAACGUUAAAAGUGAAAAUAUGCAAUAUCUCCCUUAAUAGUAGUCGGGAAAUUUUGAAAAAAAUAUGGUAGGUACUUCUAGCAAAGGUGCAUCAUAUAUCCUCCGGGUUUUUGAUUUGACCUCCUUUUCAAGGUCACAGAGGUCAAAUGGUGUAAAUUGGCCGUUAGGAUGUAACGAUGGCACGUUUCUAAACUGCAAUGACUAUUGAUACCAAAUUUGGUACACAUUUACCCCUUAGUCAGGUGAUCUCAGGGACCGAAGUUUGGUCCAAUAUGAUUCACCACUUGACCACCAGGGGGCAAAAUCCAAAAACCUUAAAAAUGUGAUUAUUCCUUAACUUCUUGCCCGAUUGCCACCAAUUUGAUAUCAUGGGUACAUCUAACCACC